AUGUUACCUACACAAACGGAAAUAUUACCAGCAAAGAAUAUAGAGGUACAAGAUCAAAAGCAACCCGAAGUAUACUCACUACUGACGGACACUAACAAAGAUCCUGUGACGAAAAAGCCUCGUCGUAGAAAACCAACGAAACUAAAUGAAGUCAUUCCCGUUAUGAUUAAUCCACAUUUAACAAGAAGUCCUGGGGGUGUUACUUUUCUUGCACCUCAUCAUCGUUUUAUAAGAACACAGGAAUCUAUACCAUCUUUUGUAUCGACAAAUGAUCCUAGGCGACUGCUUGGACUUUAUUUAGAUAAUUCAUAUGAUUCUAAAAAUAGUCUUAAUCAUAAUCAGGCAACACCACCUUCUAUGCCAUUUAAUUCUCGAUCACCAGUUCCAACUCAACAAACAUUUGCAAGAUCUAAUGACUCAUUAUCGGUUGCUCAUGCAAAUUUCAUACCACAAAUGAUUGCGCAAUCGCAGCUUUACGAAAUAAAUAGAUUCUUACACAAUCAUGCUGGUGAGAGAACAGUCACACUAUCUCCAGAGCAUCAAGACUUUUAUAAACAUUAUUAUCCAUCAUAUGCGUUCACUGAUCAAGAAUCCUUGUUAGAUUAUUCUCAAUCUCGCCUAACACCUCCAUCUUCAACACCAAUCUCUGAGAUUUCGCCGGUUAAACCAAAGCGAAAGUAUUCUAAGAGGGUACGUCUGCCGGUGCCUAUGGAGCAAGAGAAACCACCACCACCACGAGAAACCUCUCCAUGCCCUGUAAUUCUUACGCAAUCAACAAUUUCAAAUGAGUUACCAUCUAUAAUACCAUCAUCAGUGUUUGCCACACCUAUAAAGUCUGAAAAACAUUUUUUUCCUAUGGAUACAGAAUCAAAAUCCAAUGCUGUAUCACUAACACCCCCUUCUUCAUCAAGUUCUACAAAAUCAUCGCCGGCGUAUAUUAAUAAUGAGUCAUCCUCAAUACCAAUGCAGCAGCCAUUAUUACCACAAGCUUCAACCGAAAUCACGGAGGUAAACUUAAGCUACAGAAAACUUUUACAGGAUCAAAAACCCUCUUACAUACAAAAUACAAACAGUACGAUAUACAAUUCACCAUACCGUACAAUUAUUCCCAACGUGAUACCUACAAGUGUUCCACUAGUGGCAAGUUCUCCUAUGAUAUCUGUUGCUACCAAUGCUACUCCUCCUCCUCCAUCACAACCAACUAUGACUAAUGUAAAGGAAAAGAGAAAGAAACGAGCGAAAGUUACAUUGAAGUCUGAAGUUACACAGAGCCCAAUAGUACAAAAAUUGAACGAUGAAAAAAUGUUGACGACUACACCAAUGACUACAAAUGUGCCUGUAAUUAAAAAACGGAAACAUAAGAAAUCACAUAAGAAAGAUAUUCGUACAAAAAAGGAAUUACGACGAUUUAAAGAUCGAAAUCGAUUGGCUGUUAUGAAGUUUAUGAUGGAAAAACGAAAACAAAAGCAAAAGCAACAAAAACAAGUAGAAAUGCCGACUCCAAAGCUUGUUGAAGUUAAAAAUGAAUUGAUUGCACCAAAGUUAGAACCCACCCAUACAUCCAAACUAGAUGAAAUAGAGAUGAAUUUGCCAGAGAUUAUUACACCAUGUCUGAAGAUUUCUAUUGGUGCAAAUGAAAAAAUUGAAUCGAUCUCUCUUUCUUACCAUCGUCGACUUAAAUCCAAUACAAGCAAUCGAAAUUCGCCCAUACCAUCAACAAUUGCUGACAAUAAACUUGGCUUACUGAUUGAAGCAGUCGAAUUUAUUGAAACAUUGCAUGGAAGCUCAAAGUUUACUACACCUUGA